AUGUCCAAAGAAGAACUGGGGCCUAGAUUUCUCAGAUCGGACUCGACCUCAGAUUCCAGCAGCAAUUCGGGCGAAGAACCAGCAAGGACACGGGCUCGGAGCCAAAGCUUUACCGGGUCUAUCAAAUCCCGACUGAGAUCCAAAUCCAACCCAGAUGCACCGGAACUAAACCGAGUCUACUCUGGAAAAUACCCCGAUGAUAAUAACGCUUAUCACAGCCAUGAGAGCGACGACCUCGAGUUCUCAGACGACGCAUCCCAGGAGGCUUCUAAAGUGGACACAAUCCAGGAGGUCCGAGAUGGAAUUGUAAACGAACGAGACGUGGACCUAGAGCGCGGCACCCAGGUGCCAGGGGGAUUGGAAAAAACCAAGACUGCUCGAUCAAAUCGAUCUCGUCGGUCCAACCAGGAUGCGAAACUAGUCACAUGGGAAGGCCCUGAUGAUCCCGAAAAUCCAAAGAACUGGCCGAACAAGAAGAAAUGGGCGGCAACCAUCACUGUCUCCCUCUUCACUUUUAUUUCACCAGUGUCUUCGUCUAUGGUGGCCCCGGCACUAUCCAGUAUAGCAGCAGAUUUUCAGAUUCACGACGAGAUUGUGUCUCAGUUGACCCUAUCUGUCUUUGUCCUGGCGUACGCGGUAGGCCCUCUCUUCUUCGGCCCGCUUUCAGAAAUUUAUGGCCGAGUGAUCGUUCUUCAACUUGCAAAUUUAUUCUUCCUGGUGUUCAACAUCGGCUGCGCCGUAUCUCAGACUACAGUUCAAAUGAUUAUCUGCCGCUUUUUCGCGGGACUGGGAGGUAGCGCGCCGUUAGCAGUCGGCGGUGGUGUCCUAUCAGAUUGUUUCAGACCCGAAGAACGAGGUAAAAGUAUCGCAAUCUACAGUCUGGCUCCUCUUCUCGGACCUGCUCUAGGUCCCAUUGCAGGAGGAUUUAUCGCUGAGAAUACUACAUGGCGCUGGGUUUUCUACGCCACUUCGAUCACGGACGGUUUGAUUCAGCUCCUGGGACUCUUCUUCUUACGCGAGACAUACGGCCCACGCAUUCUCCGUGACCGAGCCAAACGUCUACGCAAAGAAACUGGCGACGAGUCAUUCCAGACAGAAGCUGAGCUUCAGAAGAAAUCGCUUGCUCAAGUUCUCCGUGUUUCACUAGUUCGCCCCUUCCGUCUUAUCCUUACUCAACCCAUUGUCCAAGUCCUCGCAUGCUAUAUGGCCUACGUCUACGGAAUCAUGUAUCUCGUCCUCUCUACCUUCCCCAGCCUCUGGACUAGCCCCGACUACUACAAUGAAUCCACUGGCAUCGGUGGCCUCAACUACGUCUCUCUCGGCCUGGGCUUCUGGUGCGGCUCGCAGAUAUGUGCCCCGCUCAACGACCGGAUCUAUCGUCGCCUCAAAGCCCGCAACAAUAAUGUUGGUCGCCCCGAGUUCCGUGUUCCUCUCCUGUGCAUCGCUGCCUUCCUGCUCCCCGCCGGCCUCUUUAUCUACGGUUGGACAGCCCAGUAUCACUGCCAUUGGAUCGCCCCAAAUAUCGGUGCCUUUCUCUUCAGCGCCGGUACCAUCAUUUCCUUCCAGUGCAUGCAGACAUAUAUGGUCGACACAUACACCCGUUUCGCCGCCAGCGCCCUCGCGGCUGGUGCUUUCCUGCGAUCUCUGGCUGGCUUCAGCUUCCCGCUUUUUGCGCCAUAUAUGUAUGCCUCUCUCCAUUAUGGCUGGGGAAAUAGUGUGCUGGCCUUCAUCGCUAUUGCCAUCGGUAUUCCUGCACCAAUCUUCUUGUGGAAGUAUGGCGAGGCUUUGCGGAAGAGAAGUACCUUUGCGGCGGGAUGA